UCCUUGCCGUCUUCUUAAUUUUAAGCUUCCAAAAAGUAAAAGCUUAAAGCUAGCCAAGUAGUCAGCACUCUCUCGCCCGGCCUCUUUCAAGGUCUCACCAGUCUCCUACAUCGAUCCCUUCUGAUGGCUACAACAACAUUUGGAGAAGAACCCUCCAAAGCUCUAAAAUGCCAGACAUGGGUCCUGAAAGUAUCUAUCCAUUGCCAAGGUUGCAAAAGAAAGGUCAAGAAAGUUCUACAAGGCAUCGAUGGUGUUUAUAUAGCAACAGUUGAUUCACAGCAACAAAAAGUCACAGUUACAGGCAACAUCGAAGUGGAGACCUUGAUCAAGAAACUCAUCAAAACAGGAAAGCAUGCAGAGAUUUGGCCUCAAAAACUCGCUUCAAAGGAAAAAGAAUCAACCAAUGCAAAGUCCGAGAAGCAAAGGGACCCCAAGAAAAGCCAUGAUUUCAAUGAUAAUCGAAGGAAAAAUUCUGUUAAAUUCAGUGAGGAGGGAACGAGUGAAAAGACAAAAGAAGUUGGUAAGUCACCGGAAAAUUCCACCGAUGGUCGUAAGCUACCGACGGUGAAGAAAACUACUAGUGAAAAUGAGGGUGGUGGUGGGUUUACCAAAAGUGGAGGUAAAAAGAAGAAAAAGAAUGGGCAAAAAGGUGAUAAUGGCGACAAUUAUCCGGGUUCAGGCUCACCAACUUCAAGUGCAGCUACAGAUAUUGGAUAUCAAAUUCAAGGGGCGGGAAUGGAACAAGUUGUGGGCCCGAAUAAUCUCAUCCCUACACGUCAUCUUUCGGUUCCAUUCGCUCAGGGGCUCAUCACUCCUCCAAUGUACGGAUCAAGUUACAGUAUGGCAUACCCUAGGGAAAGUCCUGGUCCUUUCUAUUAUGUCCCAAUGUAUGCACAUCCAAGUAGAUAUAAUCAAGUGACCCCACUGGACACUUUCUACUAUUUCAGUGAUGAAAAUGUUAAUGGAUGUUCCAUCAUGUGAUCAAUCUGUUCAGAGGAAGAGAGAAGGCCAAAAGACGGUUUAGGGUUUUAUUGUGGGGGUUUUGGCUGCUUCUUUUUGAGGUGUGAGUGGUGAGCGGUGAGCUUGUGCAUGUUCUUGUCUAAUGGUGCAUUGUUGCACGGAAAUGUACUAAAAGCCUAUAAUAUGAAAGCUUCACAGUAACCUGUUUUAUUCUUA